AUGGCCCAGGUGUCUUCGAUGCCUGUCAGAAAUGGGUGCUCUGAGGCGAACCGGUACGAGGAACAUAGGACGGAAGCAUUAAACAGCUGUGCGAGGGGCCAAGCGGACAUGGUCAGCUUGGCAGGGCUCCCGAGGAAGAAGCCUCCCGGGUGGAACAGCACCAUGAGAGGCUCGGGAUUGGAGCCGGGUGCAGUCCGGGUCAAUACAGCGGUGGAGUUAGGAGAAAGGGACAUUGCGCACAUGAUUGCCUGGAACAAGGGGCGCUAUCUCUCAAACGGCGAGCUUGGGCAUCUUGCUACAUUUGACAGUGUCCUGUACGUAGAUAAGCUCUUGGACGAGAUCGGGCUCACGGAGCACCGGAAGAAGGGCUGGCUGGGGAACAUGUUCUCGCCCAUCAUGCCUGCUGAUUUGGGCAGGGUGUGGCAGGAGUAUCUCGCGAUGCGAACCAAACAGUAG